GCUGUAAGAUGGCACAUUGAACUACAGCCAUGGGCGAGUCCAACUCCUUCCCUCAACUAUGAGGCCUUGAGGUUCCUGAAGUACAUUAGCACUUCUCAGAUUUCAUGUGAGCACAUGAACCUGAACAGCCUGAGAGGAUACUCUGAAGCCACAAAGAAGCCCUGGUCGAUCUGUCUUGACGAGAGGUUUAGCCUCAUUCAUCGAAUCAGAAGCAAGCAAUGCCGUCUGUAUUCCCUUGGGCUAGGCAAUGAUGACAACCAGUUUGAGAUCGGCAUGGCCAACAGUGGAUGUGAGGUGCAUCACUUUGACCCCAGUAUCAAGUCAGCACACAUUCAGGAGGGUCGUCACCUCUGGUAUCAUCGCCUGUCCAUUGACUGGAGGGAUCCAAAUCCAGCCAUUGCUGCUCAUAAACUUCACAGCAACACAAAGAAGCUGGGCACAAUAUUGAAUGAAUUUGGGCAUCAGAAGAUUGAUGUCCUCAAGGCAGAUGUGGAGAGCGCCGAGUGGAAAAUUUUGGAAAACCUGAUCCUGGAAGAUGUUGUUGAGCAGAUAGGACAGCUGGUCUUCGAGGUACACAUCCACUGGCCUGGGUUUGAGGUCAGCGGCAACGACAGCACUGUGGUGCGGUACUGGUACAGUCUGCUCCGAGAGCUGGAGCUGAAGGACUUCAGGCUCUUCCAUACCUACAAAGACUUAUCGAAACCACAGAUGUUUCUGAAAAAGGAAGCCUUCAAUGCCAGUAGCUGUUACAGACUGAGCUGGGUAAAUACAAGAUGGAAAUAGCAGGAAGGAGUUUGUGGUGUGUGACUGUGAGCCAUCUGGCCCUGCGCCAUUACCCAAGAGGACUUUGGCGUCACUGGCAUGUGUUGCUAGAUGUGCACACAGUGACUGCUAACAAAAUGAACUGGCUUUUAUUCUUAUAUGUUAU